UUGUUUUGCAGCUUCACAGGCAACCGAUGUGUUAACUACUCUGAUCAUUGUGUAGGCAAUUUCCCCUCUCUUUCCUCUUCGCCUUCCAGAUCUCUCAUCGUACCCAACUCUUCCCCUUUAGACGCCAUGAUCUACCAACGGAGGGCCACAUGUUUUAUCUUCAUCGCCUUCCUCCUCCUCCUACCACUGAUGGCAUCCUAUCCAUGUGUGGCCGCCGCACAUGACCCACAACGUCAUGCUCCAGGUGGCAACAUUGGUGUGUGGGGUCGUUCAGAUGGGCUGAAUCAUGAAGGGGAAAAGGUGUUUGGGAUGAGAGUUGCGAGGCGCUUGGGGCAGAGGAUACCGAUGAAGAACCCUCCCUCGCCGGUCCCCAACGAAAACAUGGGGGUGGUGUUACCCUUGACACCGCCACCACCAUCGUUGAUCAAUAAACAGGUGUUGGAGGUCCAGGAUACGAGCAUGCCAUGUAACUGAAGAGGAGAUUGUCCAUACAUGUGACCCACUGCGGAUCUCUAGGGGAAUGUCAUAUUUAUUAGGCAAUAGAGCGAUGUGUGGGCCCUCAAAGAUAAUUAAUGGACCAAAAUUGGUGUGGUUAAAGAAGAAAUUUUGGAUGCCUUGGUCCUUCCUAUUUGGCCACUUAAAUAAACCCAAAUAUAUAUGAUCAUUUA